AUGGAGAACUUUUCCAUCAUAGUCAGUUUUGAGCUGACCAUGGAUCCAUUUUGCAUUCCUCCAGGAGUCAAAGUUCCCAUAUUUUUCUUUGGCAUUUUCAUGUAUUUAGUUAGUGCUUUUUGUAAUCUGACAUUGCUGCUCCUCAUUAUGUUGCAGCAAAGUCUCCAUAAGCCAAUGUAUUUCAUUAUGUUCAACCUUCCACUGAAUGAUCUUGUUGGAAUCACCUCCAUGCUUCCCAAGGUUCUGUCUGACAUUGUGACUGAAACCAGUUAUACAUACUAUCCCCUCUGUGUGCUUCAGGCUGCUUUGCUCCACAUGUAUGGGGGAGGUGUUUUGUUCAUCCUGGCUGCCAUGGCUUUUGAUCGUUACGUUGCAAUUUGUAUGCCUCUGCGAUAUAAUGCUCUUAUGACACCAAAGGUUGUGGUGACAAUUGUGUCUCUUGUUUGGGGCCUUGACCUGUUUUUCAUAGUUUUGCUGUUCUCCUUACAGGGAAAUCACCCCAGAUGCAGAUCUAACAUUAUGAAUGUGUUUUGUGACAACCCUUCUCUCCUUAAACUGACUUGUAGCAAUACCACAGUCAAUAACAUUAUAGGUUUGUUCAACACUGCCGUAAUGCAGGUUAUUAGUGUUUCUAUUCAAGCAUUUUCCUAUGUAAAGAUUUUGAUCACCUGCUUGGCCACGAGUAGAUCUGAAGCAAAGAGCAAGGCCAUCAACACCUGUCUUUCCCAACUGGCCAUUUUCAUCAUGUAUGAGAUUUUCACAACUUUCACCAUCCUGUCCUAUAGGUUCAAAAAUGUAAACCCUGAUCUUCAAAAGAUAAUGGGGAUGCUCAUUUUCAUAGUGCCUCCACUUCUGAAUCCAAUAGUUUAUGGAUUAAACAGCCAUGAAGUACGAAGUAAUCUCCAAAAAAUCUUACGCAGGAAAAUCUAUAUGUAA